CUCAGGGCGGCGCGGGUCCUGCUGGGCUGUGAGGCGUGCGUGCGCGGAGAUGAGGAAGGUGGUCCUGGUCACCGGGGCGAGCAGUGGCGUCGGCCGCGCGCUGUGCCAGCGGCUCCUGGAGGAGGACGACGGGCUGCACCUGUGCUUGGCGUGCAGGAACCGGGGCCGGGCCGAGGCCGUGCGCGCCGCGCUGCUGGCCGCCCGGCCCUCCGCCCAGGUGAGCACCGUGCAGGUGGACGUCUCCGACCUGCGCUCGGUGCUGCGGGCCGCCAGGGAGCUCAGGCGCAGGUUUCAGAGGUUAGACUAUGUGUACCUGAACGCUGGGAUCAUGCCCAGCCCACACCUAAACCUCCGAGCACUGCUCUCCAGUCUCUUUUCCAGAAAGGUGAUCCAGGUGUUCUCCACCGCGGAGGGACUGCUGACCCAGGACGACAGGGUCACUGCCCAUGGGCUCCAGGAGGUCUUUGCCACCAAUGUCUUUGGCCACUUUGUCCUGGUUCGGGAGCUGGAACCCCUCCUCGGUCGCGGUGGUAGCCCGUCCCGGCUCAUCUGGACGUCGUCCCGCAGCGCCCGGAAGGCCGCCUUCAGCCUGGAGGACUUCCAGCACAGCAGAGGCCAGGAGCCCUACAGCUCCUCCAAGUACGCGCUGGACCUCCUGAGCGUGGCCUUGAACAGGAACUUCAACCAGCGGGGCCUGUUCUCCAGUGUGGUGUGCCCGGGGACCAUGCUGACCAACCUGACCUACGGAAUCCUGCCCCGCUUCGUGUGGACGCUGAUGAUGCCAAUCAUAUGGCUGUUCCGCUUCUUUGCAAACGCUUUCACCUUGACGCCGUACAAUGGAGCCGAGGCCCUGGUGUGGCUCUUCCACCAGAAGCCCGAGUCCCUCAACCCUCUGACCAAGUACCUGAGCGCCACCACUGGCUUCGGGAGCAACUACGUGACGACGGAGAAGAUGGACCUCGACGACGACACUGCUGAGAAGUUUUACUGGCGCCUCCUGGAGCUGGAGAGGCGCCUGCGGGCCACCGUCCUGAGCACCGACUAGCAGAGCUGCCGGCGGCGGGAGCACGAGCCCUCAGGCUCCGUGCACGGGGCUUCUGGCGCGGGGGAUGGUGUCGUCUGUGGUGACGGGAACUCUCUGUCUCCCUUCCGUCCCGAGUUCUCUGCGAGCUGUGCGUGCUCAUGGAAAAGGUUCACAGGUGAAAAUCACUUGGCUGUUCUCCAGAAUGGUGGCCCACCCAGCUCAGCCAGAGCCCCAGCCACCACCUCCUGUCGGGGUUCCUGUCCCGAGAGCUGGAGCUCCAGCCAGGCUCCGGGCCAGGCCUGGCCUUGAGGAGCCAAGACGCGGGCACACGGAUCCUCCUGGUGGCCGGUCCUGGCGGGAGACACGGCCACUCAAAGUGACAAGCUCAGCUGUGCCCCUUGUCCUGGGAGCAUCUUCCCGUAAUUCUUCCCCCCUCCUACCGGGCCCAGGCUCCGCCUGGCCUCCCCUCAGGUGCCGCGUGGCUGUUGCAGUGUGCUGGGGCCGCCUCAGUUAUUUCUUACAAUUUUUUAAAAUUAAAGAUGACAAUUAAAAUAUA